CAGCAGCCAUGACGGUUCAGUGGCGGAGUGACCUUCAAAGGGGGUGUACGUGCGGAACAGCUCUCUAAGCCCAUGUGACUGAGAAUACCACUUAGGUUUACUCCCCACAAGUGCAGUGCUAGUGAAACGUGCCACUUACUUACCAUUCACUGACUUAUGGUGUUGGAAUUGCCUGAAAGGACGCGACUGACAGUCAGUAUUUUAAAGAAGACAUUGAUCUUAUUCUGAGAAAGUUAGACGAGAACCAUGACAUUUAUAGAGAAUGUGUUUAGAACACUGACAUAUUUUAAGAGAAGACAAAUACAAGAAACUGGACCAUUUAUGAAGAUUGAUAAACAUCUGACAUUUUAGAGAGUUGGAGAUAAGGCGUUGAUAUUUUUUUAAGAACAUGUAUUAAAUUAAAACUACAUGUAUUUUCCGGGGUUAAGUAAAUAGAGAACAAUGACAUUUUGACAACGAUAAGAAGCAGAGUUUAUUGAGAUGAUAUAAGCAAGAAACGUUGAAGUGAUCUCGAGGAAGUAAAAAUAGAUGAAUAAACAGAGGAAGAAGAAUAAGACAAAAAGACUACAAACUAAUGAAAAAAAAAUAUUAGUGAAGCAUAACAUAACAAAUAACGAAUAGAUAAACAAACAAACUAAGAGAAAGAAGAGAAGAAAAAAAAUCGAACAAAAUAAUCAAAUAGUGAAAAAUAAAUAGAUAAAUAAAUAAACUAAGAGAAAAGAGAACGAGACGAAAGAAGAACUGACUAGAAACUCCUUAAAAAAAAAAAAAACUAGCACAACCAAAUAAUAAUAAAAAAAAUAGAUGAAUAAAUAAACUAAUAAAUAACAAUAACUAACAGGUGUCAUCCCUUCAACAGAACAAUUAGAGAGGUAUAAAUGCCACCACACAACAUACAGAACAGGAACUCCCUCAAACUAACAGAGAUGGAGGAGGAAGGUCUUCGCGCUAACCUCUCCCACCAAGAGCUAAUACCCGGGAUGGCGCCGUCGGUAACUGUGGUCACGCCUGCAGAUACAAGAGGGGGCGAUGAUGUUGCCGACCCUUCCUCCUGCGAGCUCUCUACCCCUCCGCGCGGCACCAGCGUCAGCAAGAAGCAGCUGAUGGUGGUGAUUAUCCUCUUCUACGUGAACCUCAUUAAUUACAUGGACAGAUUCACCGUGGCAGGCAUCCUAUAUGACAUACAAAUAUGCUUCGGUCUGUCGGACACCCAGUCAGGGCUGCUGCAAACUGCCUUCGUGCUGGUGUAUAUGGUAAUGGCGCCACUCUUUGGUUACCUGGGCGACCGCUACUCCAGGAAGAACCUCAUGGCUGUGGGCAUCUUCUUCUGGAGCCUCGCAACUCUCCUUGGGUCCUUCAUGCCUAACUACGCUUUGUUCCUGCUGUUCCGGUGCCUGGUGGGUGUGGGUGAGGCAAGCUACUCCACUAUCGCCCCCACCAUCAUCUCAGACCUCUUUGUCAGUGACACCAGGUCCAAGAUGCUGGCCGUCUUCUACUUCGCCAUCCCUGUCGGCAGUGGCCUGGGGUACAUCAUAGGGGCAGAAGUGACAGAGCUUGCCAGGGUGGGUGAGACAGACUGGGAGGCGUGGCGGUGGGGCCUCCGUGUGACACCCGUGAUGGGUCUCCUGGCACUGGCACUCAUCCUGUUCCUGGUGCACGACCCACCCAGGGGCAGCAGUGAGGGAGGCCAGCACCUCCAGGCCACCUCCUUCCUCAGUGACCUCCGUUAUUUGUUCUUAAACAAGAGUUUUGUCCUCUCCACUCUGGCCUUCACCUGCGUGACCUUCGUGGCUGGGGCACUGGCGUUCUGGGGCCCUAUCUUCACCAAGCUGGGUGUGAUGGUGCAGGACCACCCCAAUGCCAAGGCAGAUGAUGUGUCGUUUGUGUUUGGAGCAAUUGCCAUGUCAGCAGGUCUCCUUGGGGUACCACUGGGCUCCUUCGCAGGCCAGAAGCUGCGUGUCAAACUGCCCUAUGCGGACCCCCUGGUGUGCGGCCUUGGCUUGCUGUUCUCCGUUCCUCUGAUCCUUGGUGCAAUGGUGCUGGCUGAGUGGAACACCAUCGGUUCAUAUAUUGUGGUGUUCUUUGGCCAAGUGUUCCUCAACUUAAACUGGGCUGUGGUGUCUGAUAUUGUUUUGUACAUUGUGAUCCCCACUAGGAGGUCAUCCGCUGAAGCCUUCCAGAUCCUCUUUUCCCACGCCCUUGGUGAUGCUGGCAGCCCAUCUCUCAUUGGUGUGGUCGCCGAUGCAUUCAAGCCUUACAUAAAAGUAAAUGGAAGCACAUCUUACCUUGCCCCGGAGGAUUACGACAUCGCCAACUUUACCUCAUCUGACCUCACCACCCUGGACACUUUCAAUACCACCACCACCACCCCAGCGCCAGACCUCAACAAUGACUAUAUUGAGUUUAAGUCAAAGCAGUACGCGUUGUUCUUGUGCUGCAUUGUCAACAUCUUCGGCGCCGUCUUCUUCUUCUGGAACUCUUGCUACAUCGCCGAGGACAAGGCCAGGUGUGACCGCAUCAUUGCAGGCGCAGCACCAGAGAGGGAACCCAGCACCACAGAAAGCACAGCGAGCAGCAACAGCAGCAGAAGCCUCGCCUCUCCUGGCGACUCACCUGAAGAAGAGGAAGAGUCGGAGGACAAGGCUCAAAUUCAAAGCUUACUCACCUGAGUCUCCUAGGAACACACCUGCCCUGCCCCCCUCAUCACCACACCUACCCAAACCUGCCAUGUCUCAUCUCAGUUCCAAAGAUGCCUGCCACCCUCCCACACCCUCACCAGCAUCUGUGAUAGUGUGGCAAGUGAUGGGCAGGCUGUCCAAUGCUGCCUAUCAGAUUGUACCAGUGUUGUUGGUUGAAGGAUGACCACCAUCUCAGUGUAGGGGUGUAGGGAGGCAGCUAGUACAAGCACUCCCACUCAUAUUAACACACAGAUCUCAUGAUGGGAUAGUUUGCUUGAGUGCCUGAUACUUGCCAAGAGACACACACACACACACACACACACACACACACACACACACACACACACACACACACACACACACACACACACACACACACACACACACACGGCAAGAUUCCAUGGGUGUGAUCUUACUUUUCUGUAAAUCGAAAUACUUACUUGUAUAAUGAAAAUUUUCUACCGUAAUUUAUGACUUAAUUGUUCACAUUGUAAUGAACGAGAAGAGGAACAAGGAACGAUGUUACUGAGAGGGAGGGAGUUGUUGAAGGAAAGGCAACUGGGAGACAUUGUACGCAUGUAAGGGUUGGCUGCCAAUGCCUCAGUGCCUCAGUCAACUCAUCAUUUGCCAGUUAGGAGUGUCAGUAUUGUCACACUUCUUACUUCCAUCAGUGUAGAGAUAUAAUAUGUCAUGACCAGCUAAAUAUGUGAACUGAUAUUUUCUUUCUAGAGUAGCAUGGGUUUAUUCCUUAGAUACAAUUAGACUAAGUUGCCUGUAGAGACUUCUCUCUCUCUCUCUCUCUCUCUCUCUCUCUCUCUCUCUCUCUCUCUCUCUCUCUCUCUCUCUCUCUCUCUCUCUCUCUCUCUCUCUCUCUCUCUCUCUCUCUCUCUCUCUCUCUCUCUCCAAGAUGCAGUUUUCAUGAAAGCAUAAAAGAGGUAAUGUUUCUCUUCAGUCAACACACACAGGGAAAAGGCAUGUCAUGUACACAACAGCCACAUGUCUGGCAUAUAAAGUCUUACUGCUCAGAAUAGUAGGUUUUCCUUUUAACUUUGAAUUGUGUUGAAAAUGCACUUGUUUUAGAGUUGGGUGGCAUAUAUCCUCAUGUCACCACUGUUGCCCUUAGUUUGCUGUGGUAGUGUGACAAGAACAUGGAGGGCCAAGUGUGUGACUUAGAGAAGCUUGUCACUGAGGUGUUGUCAAAGAGCUGUAAGGUAACUUGUGAUUGUGAACAGUGAUAAUACCGAAUGAAGAAAAAAAAAAAAAAAAAGGUCUUAGUAGAAACUGUAGCAAUAGAAGAACAAUGAGGUGUAAGAAAUGCAUGAUGGUGACUGUUAAUAAUAAUGUUGGCAAAAGGGAACAAAAGUAUUUAUAAAUCAUAGAAAUAGAGGAACAAGUAAGUCAGAGGAAAUCAUUCUUUGUAAAUGUGACUCAGACCUGAAAGUCUGUGUUUGUGGUGAUGUUGACAGAAAGGAACAACAGUAAGCCUUUGCAAAUUA